AGAGCGAUAGAUAGAGAGACAGAGAGAGAGAGAGAGAGAGAGAGCGAUAGAGAGAGAAAGAGGGAGCGAUAGCUUGCGUCAGUGAAGGAGUGUGGCAAAGUGCAGAAGAACGCCACAACUCGGAGAAUCCCAAAAGCGUUGCUCUUGUCUCUUCGUAGUCAUCUGGGGAUCAGAAGGAUAUGGGAUUCCGGAGAACCUACAUGAAGAAGUUUACCAACAGAUUCACCGGUACUUAGAGAAGUGAUGUGCUUUCAGAUACUUUUUGGGUUUCUCAGGCAAAUAUGUUGGUGGAAAGUUCAUUCAGCUCUUCCGUUGAAACUAGUUUACUGAACGUAUCUGAGUAUCAAGAUCCGUUUGCUGCAUAUGAUUGGGUGUCUGAAACUUGUCAGAUGAUCCACAAAUUUCCCGAGCAAUCUCAAGUAAGCUUUCUUGAAGAUGUUCCAGUCCCUGAUGCAAUGAAUCUGGAUGAAUCAAAACAUCAAAAACUUCAAGUAAGUUGUCCAGAGCAAUCUGUUAUGCAUAAGGUAACAGAAAAGUCCCUGACUUCUUUUGUGUAUAGUCGAAGGAAGAGGAGCUUGAGUCCUGGGGGUAGAGCAGAACUUAACCCAGAAAAUAACAAGAAACAGGAUGACUCGAUUGUCCCAAUACCUAACCCUGGAGAGAGCACAAAAAGGAAAAAUCGCUUCAACAACUGUCUUGUCUACACCCGAAAGAAAUUGAGAGGGAAAUCCAGUUGUAAUUCUAUUGAAGAAACUACGAUAAAGGGUGAUGGAGUUGAUGAUGCGUUUCUCUCUGAGCAUGACUAUGGAGAAACCAAGAGAAGAGGCAACCGAUUAGAUAAUUGUCUUGUGUAUAGGAGAAAGAAAGCUAGAACAACAUUUAAUAGUUGCAGUUUUAGCGAACAUGUCUCUGGAGGAACCAAGAUAAGCGGUGAUCGGUGUGACUCUUCUGCAUAUAGCCAAAGGGAGCAGAUAGUUAAGUCUGAUGGUGCUUUUACAGCCAAAAGCAAGAAGUUAGUGAAAACUAAUGGCAGUUUUACUGAAAGUCGUAUUAGGGAAACCAGGAGAAAUGGUGAUAGAUCUGAUGUCGUGCUUAUGUAUAGCCGGAGGAAGCAGAGAGGGAAUUCUAUUGGUGCUCGGGUUAAUGGCGUUCUAGUGUAUAGCCGAAAGAAGCCCAAAUUGAAAUCUAGAGGCAGUUCUCAUGCUCUUUCAGUGUCUGGGAAGUAUGCAAAUAAUACUUCUCAUGUUGAACAAGUGUGCAGUGCUCUAGAACGUACAGACGAUACCCAAGUUACCGAAGUGACAUGUUCUUCUGAUGGAACAAAUGACAGUUGCUCAUCAUUGAAAUCCAGUUCUGAACUUGCUUCAGGUUCCAGUGAAACUGGGGAAGAUGAAGCUGCAGAUUGCAAUUCCACUGAUGCGGAGGUGUCUGAGACAGAUACAGACGGUAGUAGCAGCCCUUUCAGACAGUGCAAACAUUGUGAUAAACCAGUAACUGUCGAAAAGAUGCUAAUUUGUGAUGAAUGUGAAGAAGCAUAUCAUACAAGCUGCUGUGGUCUUCGAAUGAAAGAAGUUGAAAAGAUUGAUGACUGGGUCUGUCCAUCCUGUUCGAAAGAGAAGUCAUCAAAGACCAAGGUCAGGGGUAAAAUUUCACGGAAACGGAAAUGGAGAGUUAGAGAACCAUUUGUAAUAGGAAUUCGAAUAGGGAAACAGUUUCAAGCAGAUGUUCCAGACUGGUCAGGUCCAACCAUAAGUGAUACUUCUUUUGUUGGUGAACCCUUGGAAAUUGAUCAGUCAGAAUAUAUGCACGAUCUCAAGAAGCCUAAGAAUGGUAAGAAACCACGUUCUUCAGUAAAUUGGCUCCAAUGCAGAGAGGAGGAUAGUAACGGAGAUAUAUGCGGAAAGUGGCGUAGGGCGCCUCGAUCAGAGAUACAGACUAAAGACUGGGAAUGCUUCUGCUGCGUCUUUUGGGAUCCGUCGCAUGCCGAUUGUGCCGUUCCACAGGAACUGGAGACAACUGAGAUCCUGAAGCAACUCAAGUACAUUAAGAUGCUUAGACCUCGUUCAGACGCCAAAAGUCGAAAGAUAGGACCAAAGGGUCGAAGCAGAUCACAUAACAAAUGAAAAUGUUAGUGAACACAAGCUUGGCCACAUCAACUGCAUGUGCUUUUGGAUCAGAGACCCUAGAAAGUAGAGUAGAAACUAGAAAGGUAGUUCAGGAAAUCUUAUCAAACGCAAAUGAGUUUUUGUUACUGCUUGCCGAACUUCAGGUUUUUGUUAUCUCCCCAAAGCAGGAGUAGUGAAUAGAUCUUUUGUAUUCAGGGACAGGUUCUGGGUUAAAUCUGAUAAUCAUUUUCAAAGCGAGAA